GCCCUCGUUCCCUUUGUACAGAUAUAAAUCAUUUACGGCAUCGUGACUGUGCAGUUUACUCGCCUUUUAAAUAGUCUAGACGUCUGCACGGAAUCUGUCGUGGAGAAAGGUUUUACCUGGAGCGUUGAACGAUGGAGAUUUUGGACAUCCUCCCUGCCAACUUCGGCUACGUGAUUCUGACUUACUUCUACAGCUGGGUCAUGUUGACUUACCUUGGCGUUAACGUUGGACGUGCAAGGAAGAAGUAUGAUGUCAAGUACCCCACUAUGUACAGCACUAAGGACGAAAUAUUUAACUGCAUCCAGAGAGCUCAUCAGAACACACUGGAGGUUUAUCCACAGUGGCUGGUUUUCCAGACCAUUGCUGCACUAGUAUAUCCCACGGCGGCCUCUGUUCUGGGAGUUAUCUGGGUGACCAGCAGGUUAUCUUACGCCUGGGGUUACUACACCGGCAACCCGGCCAAGAGGAUGAACGGGGCGUACGGCUAUAUCGGCCUCUUAGGAGUGAUCAUCCUGUCCCUGUCUGUUGCUCUGCAACUGCUUGGAGUUAUUUAAGAGCAUACAAUUAAGCUCUACUCUCAUAUAUGGCGCUGACCAAGUUUUCGUUUAAAGGCAUUUUUCUCUAAACCUGUGAUAGCUUGUUUAUAACACUGACCAUAACGUCCACUUAUAUAGAAUGUGGACAUGUGUAUGAAAUGAAUUUCUUUUGUAGAACUAUGAACUCUGAUUCAUAGCACUAACCCUAUGUUUCCUUUCUAAAAGCAUUAGCUUAACAUUUUUGUUUCUAUAUGUCACAAAUAUACAGAACACUGUUUUAGUGGUUUUUUUUUUU